AUUACACUGGAUACAUUCAGGACGUUCAAGAGGUACAGGAAAGUAAAUCCUCCAGAAAUCUGUACUUUGACAUCAGCCUGCUAACUGCAAAAGACAAAACUCAGUUGGUAAGAGUCAUGGUGCAAAGAGGAGAGUCUUCGAAGCGCCAACUUUUUCUUCAAAAGAUGCAGACACAGCAACCCGUAACACUCUCCAACUUACAAGUUGCAUCAAUAACAUGGUGUUCCUAAACAGGGGAACAGUUAUUCAAGAUGCACCACCACAUUCCAUCCAGUUUCCAUUCCAACCACUGGCCCCAAUGACAUCAACACCCGUGGAUACCAUUCUUAAGAACCACAACUCGGGGAAUUUUACUGUUUCUGGCUGCAUUAAAUGGCUUGGAGAACCUUCCAAACCAGAACAUGCAACAAAAGUGGUAAGGGAAGAUGAAAUAACAGACCCCACUGGAACUAUUAAUCUAUCAGUCUGGGAUAGUCACAUCCAGCAGAUAGAAGACAAUCAAUUCUACACUAUGACCAACUGCAAGCUGAAGCAGUAUUUUGGAAAACGCCUUGCCACCACAGUUAACACAACGAUAACAAAAGCACACGAGCAGGACAUCUCCCAUGUGGAGCCUUCGCACAAACAAGCAAACUGGGUAUGCUGUCCUGAAAUUUUGAACAUUUACCCAACUGUCUAUCCAGUGUGCAACAACAAAGACUGUCGCAAGAAAAUUAGUGAAAACCCUGGGUCCAAGAUUGUUCGUUGUCUACACUGUAACAGGGCAAUGCUUCUGAAGAACUGCUAUAUUGAAAUGAACAUUGACUUUCAUCUAGAAAAACAGGACAAGCACUUUUCAGUGACAGCAUUUCCAAAGAUUGUGGGGAACUUCCUCCAAGAAGACAUCUUGCAGUACAAAGUCAACAUUGACGAUCUAACUGAGAAAUUGCUGUUGCUCGAAAAUGUAGAUUUUGAGCUUUCUCAGAACAACAAACUUGUUAUAAGUAUGAAAGCCCAUGCCUCAACUUACUGGAAAAGUGAACAGCUAACUGUCUGGUAAAAAAACAACUGUUAAGUUGAACAGACACUAGUGAAAAUUUAACAAAAGAGUACAAUUUAUGAUAUUAGAGUGAUUUUGCUUGGCCCGUGAAACACUAUCUGACAAUCAGUGCGUAAUAGUCAAAACUUAACAAAAGAAAGCAAUGGAAUAAGUGUGUAAUACUAACUCAUAGUGUAGUAGCUAUUUAUGGGCCAAAUAAAAUCACUCUGACCACAGUCGUUUCAAGUGAUUCCGUUAAAAACUUAAUAAGCUGAUUUAGCUUACCCCAUGAAACGAUAUCUGUUAAGUGCAUAAUAGUCAAAUUAAACAAACAAAACAGUGGAGUAGUACACUGUAAAAUGAAAGAGCCAACCCGCCCCAAAAAUGGGGCCGAAACGGGUGAGUCCAGAAUGGUACUGUUUUGGGGCCAAUUCAGCCCUAUUGAGAUGGGGCUGUUUUGGUACCAAAAUUUGGGGCUAAUUUGGCCCUUGCAUCGGGGCCAAAUUAGACCAUGUAAAGGGCCAAUAAUUAUGGAAAACACUAGGGCCACUUUGGAUUUUCCAGGAGCCAAAACAGCCCCUCAAAUUUUGGCCCUCUUAAAAACGACCCCUCAAAAAGUAGCCGAUUCAGCCCCAUAUUGGGCCAUUAUAAUUUUUUUAAUUUGGGUGGGGGCCUACAGAUUUCUUCCCUUAAUGAGGUAUUGACAAAUAAUGAAAGAAAACUAAGGCUUAUUUCAAACAUUUAUUCAGUUCUGAAUAAGUUACUGUGAUCUGUGUACAUGAUAACAACGCGUAUUCCAACCUAUGUAACAUUAUCUUUGGUUAAUCUCAACUUUUCUAGAUUGAACAUUUAAAAUUAUUGGAGGAAUUAAAUUGGCCAAAAGAGACACUUGUCUUCAAAGGAUAAACCACUUACCAGUCAAAAUUCUUGUUCCCAUGCUUUAUAGUUUUCACUAGAUCAAAAGUGAAGGAGUCAUAAUUGGAGUAAUUAUACCCUGUUAGUGUUUUAUCUAGAUCAACACUCUAUGCUUUUGAUUACAAUUCUGACUCUGUAUCUUACUAGUAAACCAGCCCUCAAUGACUUGGCAAAUGUUUUAAACUAUAUUUUACGCCACAGAUAUUAUGUUUAAAAAAUCUUGCCAAAUCUUGGUCUAUAAGGGUGAAAGAAAACUUCCAUGAAAAAAACUUCGACAAUUUGGCUACACCUCACGAGGUUGUCCUGAAUUUACAUUCAGCAAGAACUGAGGCAUUUUCCAAGUCAUUAAAAAAGGGAGGAAAUAUUGACAAGUGUCUACCCCAGUCCACUUUCAAGCAAUGCCUGAUCAAGAAAAGUCAAGAUGGCUUUGCAUUGGGUGUAUGACACAUUAAAUACAUAAAAACACCCAAGCAAUACUAUCACUGCAUAAAUCUUCUUCUGAGCAAGCUCGCAAAUAAUGCCUCCCUUUGUCGCAACAAAAUCCUGAAUUUUCCUGUCAACAUCUGCAUCCCUCUGCAAUAAGAACAAAUGUUGUAAUUUUAGAAAUGAUAAUAACAAUAAUCAAAACACAACAAACAGUGCGCACACAUAAAAAGUCAGUAUGGUCAUAACAAUACUAUUGUCAAAAAAAUGUUGGUUUAAUUACUUCUUUCCAGUUUUCAGGUAUGCAUGUAUGGUAUACUGUAUAAAUUAUAGUUUGUCGAAAUUAUGCUUCCUUUAUGUUAUGGGAAAAAGAAUGAUAGCAUAAUUAUGUCUGAUACAUUCACACAUUGAGGAGGUAAUUACAGUGUGCAUGUCCUGAUACAAGAAGAUUAUUUCAGUACAUGUAUUUCCCACCAAUCAAGAAAUUUUGCAGCUGUAAAUCAAAAUUUAUUAAGUAUUAUGUACGCAUUAUUAUUCUGUGAGAUUUGGUGUAGUCUGGUGACGGAAUGGCCCCAAAGGAUACCUUCAUAAUAAAGGAAAGGCUAAAUUGCAUCUCCAUUUUGUCUGACUUCCACUUGUAUCUGGGCUUCCCAAGCAUUUAGGGUUCACUGUACAGUUGAGUUUGUAGCACUCCUUUGGUAUUUUGUAUCACAAUAUCAGGAAAAACAUUGUAUUCCCAAAACACAUACCUCUACAAUAGUGAUAAUUUCCUCCCUAAGUCCUCUUAGCGGUCCGAUCAAUGCCGCAGAACCUUGUUCACUACCAAAAGGAUGCCCAUCUUUCUAUUUCUGCCAUAGGAGAAAUGUUAUUAAAUUAAAACUGGUUUCCUUGGAGCACCAACUCUAUUUACACACAGUUCCGAGUAAUUCUGGGAACAAAUUGACUGACACACCCUCUUACCUCUAUCACACCUGCAGAAUUCUGCAACCUAAAAUUCUAUUUCCUAAUUUUAUACAUAAUUUUAUCAUUAUAAUUCACAUUAUUCUUUCAACCCUUUGAGCCUCAAGAGUGAUCAGCAUCAAAUUUCUCCUUGUAAAAUCAAUACUUUUUAGAACACGGUGUUCAUGAGAAUUAUGGACAUGAUCACACAAUUUGCUUAAUAUUUUAUCAACUUCUUCCCACUACGUCUGUAGGAAACGAAUAGGGACAACAAAUGAGAAUUAAAAUUUUGAUCUUAGGGUUAAAAGGUUUUAAAUUUCUCUGUUUUUACGCAUUUAUUUAUUUAUCAGACAAGAGAAAUAAUGCAUUGGUAACCUUACUUUAAAACAAACUGAGUACUGAAAUCUACAGUGUAAAUGUAUAACCAGACCACACCAUCUUUACCGUCUUCUUUAGUUGAAAUGGCUUUAAGGGUUUUUCAUUCUGUUUAUCAUUCUCCCUGUUUUAAAUAGGGACAGUGAUGGGAUGGAAGAAGUGCUUUUAACUCCUCCACUGGCUUAACUACAGAAUACAGGGUCACUUAUUACCUUAUCAUUACAUAAUAAAAGCAUCCAAUGACUCGUUCUUCAGAGCCUUCCGACAAGGUGGACUUGAGUGACCCUGAAUUCUGUUUAAUCAAACGUGGUUAAAAUAGCUCAGACUUUUGCAUUUGGUAGAAAGAGAGCGAAUCAGGGCGGGUUACCUGGUCUUACUAUCGGCUUUUUCCAGCAAAGUCUUGAUUCUUGGAGAGCGUUUGUUACAUUAGUGCAAUUCAUCUUGAAAACCGUUGCGCCGCACGAGGCUUCUGUCUCCGAUUCUUCACGACGAACUUCAAGAGCGCAGUAAUGGAUCAACGACGGCUCAUAGUUCGAAAAUAAUUAGUAACAACACCUUGAAUGUCCUUUGAUGCUAUCGAGAAGUAUAAUACAAGACUCCUGAUCCCCAGAAAAACUGGCAUGUUCGCAACCGUUGCUGUACAUGUGCAGAGGGAAAGCCCGCUGACCAGUUGUGCAUUGUUUCAAGGCCGUCUGGCAGGCCCCAUUUUCAUUCAUAAAAUAUGUUUUCGAUUGUGUACAUGUCGUUUCAUUUUUAGCCUGCGUGGCAGGCGUUUGAAAUUUUAAAAACCUUUUACUUAUAAAUCAGAAAAUAUAUGUACAUGGCUGGGUCUUUGUUUGCUAUCAAUACCUAGGGACAUUGUACCGUACUGUAACGCCCUCGGGCCCCCCCAGCGUUUAGUUUGCGUGACGCAUCAUGUGAUGUUAUCGACAUUGAAAACAUGUGCAGAACAUUCGGGAGCGUGAUUGUAGUUUUGUUUCCGAUUUGUAGCUUCGCUCGAGGCAAAUGUUCGCUCGAAACCAUGAUUUACUUUACAGUCUUUGACUGUCGUCACGUUUUUAGGUCUACUUUAAGUUAUCUCAGUUCCUUGCUCGACUAAACGGAC